UCAGGAUAAUUUCAGGGUUCUGAGUUUGAUUUGCAAGUUAAAGGCAUUAAAACUGCAAUUUUUUGGUGCUAUAGAAUCUUUCAACAUGGAGGAAGACGAUGAUUAUGUCGAGUACAUUCCUGUGAAAAAGCGUAGGGCGAUGGAAGCGCAGAGAAUCCUUCAGCGCAAGGGAAAAUCUUCUGCUCUUGAAGAUGAAGCUGAGAAAUCCAAACUGGCCGAGGCAAAACCUAGCUUGCUUGUAAAGGCAUCACAGCUUAAGCGUGAUCUUCCUGAGAUCAGUCCCGCUGAGCAGAUUGUGCAGCAAGAGAAGGAGAUGAUUGAGCAUCUUUCAGACAGAAAAACUCUGAUGUCAGUCCGUGAAUUGGCAAAGGGAAUUACUUAUACAGAGCCACUUUUGACAGGAUGGAAGCCUCCUCUGCCUAUUCGAAGGAUGUCAAGAAAGGAAUGUGAAUCAAUUCGGAAGCAAUGGCACAUCAUUGUGGAUGGUGACGAGAUUCCCCCACCUAUAAAGAAUUUCAAGGAUAUGAGAUUUCCGGAACCAAUUUUGAAGAACUUGAAAGCAAAGGGGAUUGUGCAGCCGACACCCAUUCAAGUACAGGGCCUUCCUGUGAUUUUAUCGGGUAGGGAUAUGAUUGGAAUUGCCUUUACAGGGUCAGGCAAGACACUUGUUUUUGUGUUACCACUAAUCAUGGUGGCUUUGCAAGAGGAGGUGUCGAUGCCUAUAGUUCCUGGGGAAGGGCCAUUUGGCUUAGUGAUUUGCCCAUCAAGGGAACUUGCAAGACAAACAUAUGAAGUUGUGGAGCAGUUUUUGGUUCCAAUGAGGGAGUGUGGUUAUCCAGAAUUGAGGCCAUUGCUUUGCAUUGGUGGAGUUGAUAUGCGGUCACAGUUGGAGGUUGUGAAGAAGGGUGUACAUAUUAUUGUUGCUACUCCAGGGAGGUUGAAGGAUAUGCUUGCAAAGAAGAAACUGAACCUUGACAAUUGCAGAUAUUUAACUCUAGAUGAAGCGGAUAGAUUGGUGGAUUUGGGAUUUGAAGAUGACAUAAGGGAGGUGUUUGACCACUUCAAAGCUCAACGCCAAACACUUCUGUUUUCUGCCACCAUGCCCACUAAGAUUCAGAAUUUUGCUAGAAGUGCUUUGGUAAAGCCUGUAACUGUUAAUGUUGGAAGGGCUGGAGCAGCAAAUCUUGAUGUGAUCCAAGAAGUCGAGUAUGUGAAGCAAGAGGCAAAGAUUGUUUACCUUCUUGAAUGCCUACAGAAAACCCCACCUCCUGUUUUAAUAUUCUGUGAGAACAAGGCGGAUGUCGAUGAUAUUCAUGAAUAUCUCCUUCUAAAAGGAGUUGAAGCAGUGGCCAUUCAUGGGGGCAAGGAUCAAGAAGAGAGAGAAUACGCCAUUUCAUCCUUCAAAGCUGGCAAGAAAGAUGUCCUGGUUGCAACUGAUGUUGCCUCAAAGGGUUUGGAUUUUCCUGAUAUUAAACAUGUUAUUAAUUAUGACAUGCCAGCAGAAAUAGAAAAUUAUGUUCACAGGAUUGGGCGAACAGGAAGAUGUGGCAAGACAGGAAUAGCUACAACAUUUAUAAACAAGAACCAAAGUGAGACGACACUUCUUGAUUUGAAACAUCUAUUACAAGAAGCAAAACAACGGAUUCCUCCUGUUUUGGCUGAACUCAAUGAUCCAAUGGAAGAUGUGGAUGCAAUUACCGAUGCAAGUGGAGUCAAGGGUUGUGCUUAUUGUGGUGGACUUGGUCAUCGUAUCCGUGAUUGCCCCAAGUUAGAACAUCAGAAAAGCAUGGCAAUUGCCAGUUCUAGGAGGGAUUAUUUUGGUUCUGGGGGCUACAGAGGGGAAAUAUGAGUUCUACUCAAGACAUGUGAAUUUUUGCAUGUUCAUCAAUCUGGUCACUGCUUCCUUCAUGUUCUGUAGGUUUCAUAAAUUUGCAAAAAGCAGUUACCCUCCAAUUGUUUACUCAAUGUGAUGGAUGAAUGUAUACUAGAUUCACCUAUAAUGGCAUAGCCUAUAUGCUUGUAACUUUCGAGGGAUUGAAAUAUGUCAAAUUAUCCUUUGAGCUUAUAAUGUAUUUCUUUUCUGAGGUGAACUUUGUUCUUCAACUUAUGGCAAGGAUUUAGUGUUUUUCAAGGUGGGGAUUUUGUUAAAUGUUUUCCUCUUCAUCUGACUGCCAAAUUGAAUGCUGGUUUCAGCUAAGUAUUGGCUAAAAGUUUAGAAGGUGAAUCAUGGAGCCAGAAUCUUCAUCCUUGUGUAACAAAUUAUUGAUUGAACCCUUCAACUCUGUUUCAGAAGAUAUUUUAUGA